AUGCAAAUUAAGAACUUCUCUUCUGCUUUUGCAUUUUAAUUUCUUCAAACCUUUCGAGAAAUUUGGUUUUUAAUACAAAUGUUGCAAAGGGCUAUGAUGAUUGGCUUCCUUCUAUUAAUCUACUGCAUCGAUAUUUCUGCUUCAACAAACGUAUCUACUGACGAAUCUGCUCUUUUAGCCUUCAAAGCACAAAUAACCAAUGACCCUAAUGAAACUCUGUCCAAAAACUGGACACAAGGGACUGGAGUUUGCAGUUGGAUUGGCAUUUCGUGUAGCACAAGGCAUCAAAGAGUUGUCGCGCUAAACCUCAAGAGCCUAAGAUUAAGAGGGUCCAUUCCAAAAGAAAUAGGAAACCUGUCCUUCCUUAGUUUCUUGCAAAUUGGCAACAAUACUUUUAUUGGUGAAAUCCCCGAUGAAAUCGGGCGUCUAAAGAGACUCAAAUACUUGUCUUUGCAAAUGAAUAAUCUCACUGGUGAAAUCCCACAAAGCCUUGGAUUUCUCUCGAGGCUUGAAGUGCUUGAUCUUUCAGAAAAUGAUCUAUUUGGAAUUGUUCCGCUGUCUAUAUUCAAUAUCUCCUCUUUAAAGAUCAUUGAUUUGAAUUUGAAUGAUCUCACUGGGACUUUGCCAAAUGACAUGUGCAGUAAUCUCCCAAUGUUGCAAUAUCUAUUCAUGGAUAACAAUGGCUUAGUGGGUGAACUUCCGAGUGGUUUAGAUACAUGCACCCAACUUUUAGCUCUGUCCUUGUCUUAUAACAGAUUCACAGGAAAUUUACCCCGAGACAUGUGGAACAUGUCAAAGCUUCAAGAUAUGUUUCUUGGAUGGAAUGAAUUGACAGGAACCAUACCAAGUGAAAUUCAGAAUUUGCCAGCAAUUCAGAGUCUAAGUCUAAGACAAAAUGAUUUGGUGGGAACUCUUCCACCAUCUCUGGGGAAUUUGUCAACUUUGGUGAUGAUAGAUAUUGGUGCUAAUAAUCUUCAUGGCAACAUUCCUACAGAAUUUGCAAAACUUGUUAAUCUGAAAGAAAUAUAUCUUGGUUCAAACAAGAUAUCAGGUCAAAUUGUAGACUCUUUCUAUAACAUCUCUGGGUUAGAAAAGAUUGCAGUUGCAGCUAAUGAGCUUUCUGGAACUCUACCUUCUAACAUUGCCCAUAACUUUCCAAAUCUUAAUGGCCUUUAUCUUGGGUUAAACCAGUUUACUGGGACAAUUCCUAGCUCCAUUUCUAAUGUCUCCAAACUCACUGUCCUUGAUUUGGGCCGCAAUUUUCUUAGUGGGGAUGUACCGAUGAAUCUUGGAAAUUUACAGCAUCUUGAAGUGAUCAACUUGCAGUGGAAUCAACUGACAAAUGACCCUUCCACAGGGGAAUUAGGUUUCCUUACUUCCCUAUCUAACUGCAAGCACUUGAAGCGUAUACAACUAGGAUAUAAUUUUUUCAGAGGAAAUUUUCCAAAGUCCUUAGCCUUCAGUAAUUGGUCUGAUUCUCUUGAAACGUUCAUCGUCCCUAGAAAUGGCAUCACAGGUGAAAUUCCUGUUGACAUAAGUAAGUUGAGUAACUUGGUGUGGUUAAGCCUUGGAGAGAAUGAAUUGAUUGGUUCAAUUCCUCAAGAAAUGGGGAACAUGAAAAAGUUGCAAAGGUUGAGCUUUUCUUCAAAUAAAAUCAAUGGAACCAUACCAAAAAGCUUAUGCAAUAUGGAGGUCUUAUAUCUACUUGGCUUGGCUGAAAAUCAGCUAUCUGGGGAAAUACCAAGUUGUUUGGGGAGUCUUUCUUCUUUAAGAGAACUUUAUCUAGAUUCAAACGCAUUGGGCUCCAAUUUUCCACCAACUUUUUGGAGUAACAAGGGUAUAUCAAUUCUAAGUUUGUCAUCCAAUUUGCUCAAUGGUGUUCUGCCUUUAGGAAUAGGAAGUUUGAACAGUCUAAGCAAUUUAAAUUUAUCAAGAAAUCAAUUCACAGGAAAAAUUCCAAGCACAAUGGGACAACUACAGAAUUUGGUGAAUCUUUCACUGUCGAUGAAUAAUUUUGAAGGUCUUAUACCUGAAUCUUUUGGAGACUUGGUUGCUCUUGCAUACUUGGAUCUAUCUGGAAAUAACCUUUCUGGUAUUAUCCCUGAGUCUUUGGAGAAUCUUAAACAACUCAGCUAUCUUAAUGUGUCUUUCAAUGCACUCACUGGUAAGAUUCCAAACGGAGGACCUUUUGCAAAUUUGACAGCUGAAUCUUUCAUGGGUAACACUGAAUUGUGUGGACCAUCUCAAUUCAAUGUGGUGAAAUGCAGAAUUGGUAGCCCGAAAAGAAGAAACAGAAGGAGGGCUUUAAAUUUUGUUCUUGCAUCAAUUGCAGUAGCAGUAGUAGUCACAACCAUUUUCAUGGUUUGGUUUCUGAAAUACCGAAAAAGAAGCAGACUAUUUCUUAUACCAGAUUUGAUUGGUCAAUCCCAUAAGAGGAUCUCUUACUAUGAGGUUGUUCGAGGGACAAACAACUUUGAUGAAGCCAACUUGAUUGGCAGGGGAGGCCUUGGUUUAGUAUACAGAGGAACGCUCCCAGAUGGAAAUAUCGUUGCUGUAAAGGUUUUCAAUACAGAAGUACAAGAUGCAUUUAGAAGGUUUGAUUUGGAGUGUGAGGUUUUGCGUAACAUUCGUCAUAGAAAUCUUGUUAAGGUGAUAAGUAGUUGUGCUAAUCUUGAUUUUAAAGCACUGGUGCUAGAGUACAUGCCUAAUGGUGACCUUGAUACUUGGCUUUACUCUCACAACAAUUUCUUGGAUUUAAUCCAAAGAUUGAAGGUCAUGAUUGAUGUGGCUUCUGCAAUGGAAUAUUUACAUGAAGGUCAUUCAUUUAUUGUUGUACAUUGUGAUCUAAAACCAAGUAACAUACUUUUGGAUGAAAAUAUGGUUGCAAGAGUCAGUGACUUUGGUAUAUCCAAACUUCUGACAACAGAUAAGCUGAUAGCACAAACAAAGACGUUAGGCACUAUUGGCUACAUGGCACCAGAAUAUGGAUCAGAAGGCUUAGUGUCAACUAUGGGAGAUGUUUACAGUUAUGGUAUCUUGUUAAUGGAGACCUUUACAAGAAAGAAGCCCAUGGACGAUCUUUUCGUUGAAGAACUCACUUUGAAGAGAUGGGUGUUUGAAUCAUUCCCCGAUAGGGUGGUGGAUAUAGUGGAUGCUAAUCUAUUUUCAAGACAGGAUGAGCAGUUUUCUUCCAAAGAGAUUUGCAUUAAGUUGCUAAUGGAAUUAGCCUUACAAUGUACAUCUGAAUCACCUCAAGAUCGAAUCACUAUGAAAGAUGUCCUUAUAAGACUCAACAAGAUUCAAACCAACUUUUCGCAAAGUGCAACAACAGGCCAAAAUGGAAGGUAAAAGUUCUUGUGAGGGCCGAGUAGAGGAAAGGAUAAUGAAGUAAGUUCUACCAUUGACUUGUAACAAAUUGAUACUAUAUUCGCUUUUUUUCUCUUUUUAUUUGGAGUUUUCUUGUAAACAAUAUGCAAAAAAUGCAUGGCAGCUAGUGAAAUUGUAACUUGAGAGAAUCUUGGCCUCCCUACAAUUAAAGAGAUCCAACCAACAAUAUAGAAGUCACUUCAUUAUGA